CUAAAGAAACCCAUUCAGCUACUCUACCCUUUUGUCAAGAGAGCAAAGCCAAAGCCUCCUUCGAUAGAUACUGAUAAAAGAGAGGAGGUGAUCCCCUGAUUUCGAUCUUGGAGCACGAUUCCGAUCAUGAACGACGGAGAAGAUGCAGCUCGUCGCCGUAGUGCCGUCACAGACCACCGCAAGAAGCUUCUUCAGCACAAAGAGCUCGAAUCCAGAGUUCGCACAGGUCUCCUCUCUUAGCUCCUUGACCUAAUCCUAAUCGCUGUGUCUCAGAUCUUCACUCUUUUUCCUGAUCUGUUUUCAUUAAAUUUCCAUGACUUCU